GGACUGCGGGGCGGGGUAGAAACCCAGGCGAGAGGAACCGCAGGAGGCAAGAUACACGGGCGACCCUCGGCUACACGCCCAUUGAGUCCCGCAGGUGCACCUAGGCAGAGAAGUUCCCUCGCAACUGGACUUGGCCGCCCUCCCGCAACUCCGAACUCGGGCGAACGCUCGACCCUCAAGACCUGGACGGGGAGGGGCCGGGCCGGGGGUGGCUGGCAGGAAGCUGCGCAUACCUUCCGCUGCAAGAGGAGCAGGUGGCUGUAGAGCGCCCGGGGCCCCAGGCUUCCUGUGUGUGCGCCAGCCUGCUGCUCUUUCCCGCCCCGGCUUGUUGGGCCACCGCAGCCGACCCGGCCGGGUUCCAUGGCCCAGACCCCGGACGGCAUCUCCUGCGAGCUGCGAGGCGAGAUCACCAGGUUCCUGUGGCCAAAGGAGGCAGAGCUGCUCCUAAAGACCUGGCUUCCCCAGGAAGGUGUUGAGCGAAGUCACAUUCUGGCACUGCUGCGAUGGAGGGCCUACCUGCUACACACCUGCCUCCCACUGCGGGUGGCCUGCACUUUCAGCUACCUAGAAGUCCAGUCCAUGACACUGCAGGAGACACCCCCUCAGGUCACCUUUGAACUGGAGUCCCUGCCUGAGCUGGUCCUAGAAUUUCCUGGUGUGGCCACCCUAGAACAGCUGGCCCAGCACGUGGCUUCGGCCAUCAAGAAGGUCUUCCCUCGCUCAGCCCUUGGGAAGCUCUUCCGGAAGCCCACACCACCCUCAAUGCUGGCUAGACUGGAGAGAAGCAGCCCUUCAGAGUCCACAGCCCCCAGCAGCCCCUGUGGUGGCUUCUUGGAGACAUAUGAGGCUCUGUGUGACUACAAUGGCUUCCCUUUCCAAGAAGAGAUUCAGUGGGAUGUGGACACCAUCUACCAUCGUCAGGGAUGCCGCCAGUUUAACCUAGGAGACUUCAGCCACCUUGGCAGCCGAGACCUGGCCUUGAGUGUGGCCGCCCUGUCCUACAACCUGUGGUUCCGGUGCCUCUCUUGUGUGGACAUGAAGCUGAGCCUUGAAGUCUCAGAACAGAUUCUGCACAUGAUGGGUCAGUCAUCCCACCUAGAAGAGCUGGUGCUGGAGACCUGUGGCCUGAAGGGAGACUUUGUCCGGCGGCUGGCCCAGGCAUUGGCAGGACAUUCAUGCUCCGGGCUUCGAGAGCUCAGCUUGGCAGGGAACCUGCUGGAUGACAGAGGUAUGGCUGCACUCAGCAGACACCUAGAGCAUCGUCCAGGAGCCCUCAGGAGACUCAGCCUAGCCCAGACAGGGUUGACACCUCGAGGAAUGAGGGCUCUGGGCCUGGCACUGGCCACCAAUGCGGCCUUUGACUCUGUCCUGACCCAUCUAGACCUUUCUGGGAAUCCUGGGGCACUAGGCGCCUCAGAGGACAAUGGGGGCCUCUAUAGUUUCCUGAGCCGUCCUAACUUUCUAAUGUUCCUGAAUCUCGCAGGCACAGACGCAGCCCUGGAUACUCUCUUUGCAGCGCUGUCCCGCGGCUGCUGUGCCAGCCUCACCCACCUGGACACUUCCAGGAAUGUCUUCUCUCGCUGCAAGUCCCGUGCCGCCCCUGCCCCGCUGCAGCUCUUCCUCAGCCGUGCGGAGACCUUGCGGUACCUGGGCCUGUCGGGCUGCAAACUGCCACCGGAAGCGCUCAGGGCCGUUUUGGAUGGUCUGGCGCUCAACACACACAUCCGAGACUUGCACCUAGACCUCAGCGCUUGUGAGCUGCGCUCUGCGGGUGCCCAGGUGAUACAAGACUUAGUGUGUGAUGCAGGCGUUGUGAGCUCCUUGGAUUUGGCGGAUAAUGGAUUUGGCUCAGACAUGGUGACUCUGGUGCUGGCCAUCGGGAGGAGCCGGUCCCUGAGACAUGUAGCGCUUGGAAGAAACUUCAACGUCCGGUGCAAGGAAACCCUGGAUGAUGUGCUGCACCGGAUCGUCCAGCUCAUGCAAGACGACGACUGUGCGUUGCAGUCUCUGUCUGUGGCUGACUCGCGGCUCAAGCUGGGCGCCGGCGUCCUGCUGCGAGCUCUGGGCGCUAAUCCUAACCUGACCGCGCUGGAUAUCAGUGGCAACGCCAUGGGAGACACAGGCGCCAAGAUGCUGGCCAAGGCGCUGCGAGUUAACACGAGGCUCCGGUCUGUGAUCUGGGAUCGGAACCACACAUCUGCUCUGGGGCUGCUGGACGUUGCGCAGGCCCUGGAGCAGAACCACAGCUUAAAGGCCAUGCCUCUGCCCCUGAACGACGUGGCCCAGGCGCAGCGCAGCCGCCCAGAACUGACAGCACGGGCAGUCCAUCAGAUCCAAGCCUGUCUCUUGAGGAAUAACCGCGAGGAUCCCACCUCCUCUGGCCGUACAUCCUGCCUUCAGCCAUUGAAUCUGGUCUCAGAGCACUCGGAGCAGGAAGUGAACGAGCUGUGUCAAUCAGUGCAAGAGCACAUGGAGCUGCUGGGCUGUGGAUCUGGACCCCAGAGUGAAGCUGCUGUGCACCAGGCAGAGGAUGCCAUCCAAAAUGCCAACUUUUUUCUCAGUAUUCUCCCCAUUUUAAAUGAGGCUGGGAACUCCCCAAGCCAUCACUGGCAGUUGAGGCAGAAACUGGAGGCCCUUCUGGGACAGGUGGGUGAGGCCUGCCAUGAGGACAUCCAGGACUUCAUUCAGGCCAUACUGGACACAAGGAGCCUCUGCCCACAGAUGCUGCAGGGACCUGGCUGGAGGGAACAGCUAGAAGGGAUACUGGUGGGCUCAAAGGGCCUUCCAGAACUGCUCCCAGAGCAGCUGCUGCAAGAUGCCUUUGUCAGACUCAGGGACGUGCGGCUAUCAGAGAGACAGUGCAGGACCCUUGCAGAGAGCAUUGUGGCACAGGCUGUUGCAGGCCUGAGUGCAGCCCGGGAUCGGCUGGUGGAGAGUCUGGCUCAGCAGGUGCCAGUAGCAAUACCACCUGCCCUUCCAGCACUGGACGGAGGUGAGCCCAGCCCCCUGGGGCCUGGGGCAGUAGAAGGUUUUUUCUUCCCUGAAGAAAAGGAAGAUAAGAAGCAGGAUGAAAGUCCUCUGAGGAAAUGGCCUGAGCACAACCACUGUCUUCACCUGGUCCCCUUCGAGCACAGUGCUGCUGAGGAAGCAGAGCCGGAGCCCGAGCUGGCGGCUCCGGGAGAAGAUGCUGAGCCGCAGGCGGGCCCCCGGCCGCGGCCACGCCGCCAGCACCACCACCGCCCGCCGCCGGGGGGCCCCCAGGUUCCCCCAGCCCUGCCGCAGGAAGGGAAUGGGCUCAGUGCCCGCGUGGACGAGGGCGUGGAGGAAUUCUUCUCCAAAAGGCUGAUCCAGCAGGAUCGCCUUUGGGCCCCUGAGGAGGAGGACCCUGCCACCGAAGCGGGUGCCUCUCCUGUUCCCCGUACACUUCGAAAGAAGUUGGGCACCCUCUUUGCCUUUAAGAAGCCUCGUUCAACACGGGGUCCCCGGCCUGAUCUAGAGACCAGCCUUGGUGUAGCUGCCCGCGCCCGGAAAACAACACUUGGGGACCUGCUGCGGCCUCCAGCCCGUCCUGGCCGAGGUGAGGAGCCUGGCGGGGCUGAGGGAGGCCCUAGCAGCCCUGACCCUGCCCGCAGAAGCCGGCCUCGGUACACACGGGAAAGCAAGGCCUAUUCAAUGAUACUGCUGCCUGCUGAGGAGGAGGACACACUGAAUGCCAGACCCGACAAGCGGCGGCCCCUGGAACGGGGAGACACAGAGAUGGCCCCAUCCUUUGAACAGCGGGUACAAGUUAUGCUGCAGAGGAUCGGCGUGAGCCGGGGCGGUGGGAGUGCCGAGGGCAAGAGGAAGCAAAGCAAAGACGGUGAAAUCAAGAAAGCUGGCUCAGAUGGAGACAUUAUGGACAGCUCCACGGAGACCCCGCCCAUCUCAAUCAAGUCCCGAACUCAUUCCGUGUCUGCUGAUCCCUCAUGUAGACCUGGCCCAGGGGUCCAGGGGCCUGAGUCCGCCACCUGGAAGACACUGGGGCAGCAGUUGAAUGCAGAGCUGAGAGGCCGUGGUUGGGGCCAACAGGAUGGUCCAGGCCCACCCUCACCUUGCCCCAGCCCAAACCUCCGCAGAGCCAGCCCUGCCCCAGACAUCCUGGGCCUUCCAGAGGACCCUUGCUUGGGCCCCAGGAAUGAAGAUGGCCAGCUGAGGCCGAGGCCUCUUUCGGCAGGGCGACGAGCAGUGUCUGUGCAUGAGGACCAGCUCCAGGCCCCUGCUGAACGGCCCCUGCGGCUGCAGCGUUCCCCGGUCCUCAAGCGCAGACCGAAGCUCGAGGCACCACCAUCCCCAAGCCUAGGAUCUGGCCUUGGAACCGAGCCUCUGCCCCCACGGCCCACAGAGCCCUCCAGCCCUGAGCAGAGCCCACCCUCCCCAGCCACAGACCAAAGAGGCGGCGGCCCCAACCCUUGAUCCUCUCCUCUCCUGCCGCAUGAGAUUAUUUUAUUAAAAAACUUGAAGGAA